UCUAAUUCAUAUUGCUGGAGGAAUAGUGUACAAAUUAGCUUGGAUCUCGGCGACGGCUGCAACGAUGUUCAAGCACUCCCACUUUAUGGGCCACUCGAGCAACGUCAACUGCUUCCGCUUCGGGCGCAAGUCCGGACAAGUGGCGGUCAGUGGCGGCGACGACACGAAUGUAAACGUCUGGCGCAUCCGCGAGAGCGAGACCAAGAACAUCAUGAGCCUUGCUGGCCAUUCGAGCCCUGUCGAGUGUGUGACCUUUGAUCCGGCCGAGAAGCGCGUCGUCGCCGGGUCGACGUCGGGCGCCAUCAAGGCCUACGACAUGGAGUCCGCCAAGGUGUUUCGAUCGCUCAAGGGCCACAUGUCUUCGUGCACAAGCAUCGACUACCAUCUCUACGGCGACUACGUGGCAUCCGGCGCGCUCGACACCAACGUCAAGAUCUGGGAUCUCAAAACAAAAAACUGUGUCCAGACGUUCAAGGGCCACGCAAGUGAUAUCACAUGCGUGAGCUUCACGCCCGACGGCCGCUGGCUCACGUCCGGCAGCGCCGACGGGACUCUCAAGAUCUGGGACCUCACAGCUGGGAAGCUUCUUCGCGAGUUCACGGACCACGGCGGCGCCAUCACGUGCCUCGAAUUCAACCCCGAGGAGUACAUCCUCGUGUCAGCGUCGCAGGAUAGGACGAUGCGGUUCUGGGACCUCCAAUCCUUCGAGCUCCUUGGGGUCACGCCAACCGACACGACGCCGGUGGCCGCGAUCGCACACACGAUCAGCGAGCCGUACAGCGGCAAGUAUGCCCUCUGCGUGUCCCAGGACAUGGUCAAGGUUUGGUCCUAUGACGCGUCAGUGACGUGCCACGAUACGUUGCUGUGGAACAACGCGCGCCAAGGCGUGACCGAGACCCUCGGCGACACCCUCGUGACCGACAACCUCCAGCUUUUUGGCGGCUCGUUCGCGAACGCCUUCAUCUCGGUCUGGCGUGUCGACCUCAACACGCUUCAGCCCUUCGCCCCGCCGAAGAAGACGCCGCGACCUAUCACGCCUGCCGCCAUAUUUCGCCCUGUUACACCCAAAGUCCUCCAGCCGCCCCGGUCGGCGCCGUCGCAACAACCAGCGUUGCAGCAGCCGCCGGCGACACCUCCGCAGCCGCCCCGUAGUGUACACCAACGCCCCCCUCCGACUCCAGAGCCCUCCCCUCCAGCGUCGACAGAAAGCGCAUCGACCGAGAUGGGCGUGGACACGAUCAAGCGAUUCGCUGAGCCUCCUGAAGCCUUUAGCUCCGACUACGUCAACGAGCUCAAGGUCGGGAUGGAGCUCUCGCUUCGAACGUUCAAGAGCCGGCAAAAGGCCCUGGAGCAGUUUAUGACGUAUCACUGGGACAAGGGCGACGUCCACGGUGGCUUUCGCUUCAUUAGCCAGCUCCCGACGGGGACUCGGGAAGCCCUCGCGGUCGAUAUUCUCGGCAACGUCGAGCUCGCGACCAUCGGGCUCGACCUGGAGGCAUGUGUCUUGCUGCUUCCGCUCGCGCUCGAGCUUGUGAGCGGUUUUCCCCCGUACGCUGCCGUCGGUGUCGCCGUCGCCAAGGUCCUCGUCACGGCCUUUGGUCCUCUGGUCAAGGACAACAAGGAAGCGCGCCGGAGCAACCGCGAAGUCAACUUUGCCGGCGAAGAACGGGCCGCGCGCUGCGACGCUUGCCACGGCUUCUUCAUCGAGCUCCAGAACAAGCUGCCGAACGUCGCGACGACGGACCCGCGGGCCCUCGCAGAGCUCAAGAGCAUUUUAGGCGAAUAUGGAUGGGGACGAUAGAGCUCGUCGUUGGAGAUUAGACUUUCAUAAUCGAACGCUGCUCCAGGUGCAAGAUGUA